UGGCGAGCGGUGUCCUACGUUGGCCUUCAUUCUUCAGAGACGUUUGAAGGAGAACGAAGGUGGUUGGAGAAUUCGAGGUCUUCCAUCGAGAUAUCUUUCAGUGCUUCCAAAGAAAUUGCGCCUGCACGGUUGUUCUUUUGUGCAAACGAGUAUCAAAAUGGUUUACGUCACGAAGUAUGACCAUGAAGAGUCGGCUAUCUUGCCCACCGGCAAUGUCCCCGGGGGCCAACAAAAGGCUCACACGGCCUCCACCACGGUGGACUACUUGUCCGACCUGAACAUCAUGAGCCGUGCCAACCGCAUUAGAUUGUCUGGAAUUGUCUGCACCAUUGGUCCCGUUUCUCGAGAGGUGGACUACUUGUUCGACAUGAUUGACACGGGCAUGAACAUCGCUCGAAUGAACUUCUCUCAUGGAACUCACGAAUACCAUGGUGGCACCAUUGAUAAUUGUCGCUUGGCAGCUGAAAAGUACGCCAAGGAGAGGGGAUACGACCCGUCUUUGGCCAUUGCAUUGGACACCAAGGGACCCGAGAUCCGAACUGGACUCUUAGAGGGCGAUGAUGGUCGACUGGAGCUAGCUUUGGAGACUGGUGCCAAGAUCAAGAUCACAACUGAUGAAGCCUUCAAAGAGAAGUGCACGGCUGAUGUGCUCUUCGUUGACUACAAGAACAUCACCAAGGUUCUUGAACCCGGCAAGAGGAUCUAUAUUGACGAUGGUCUCAUUUCUGUCGUCGUCAAGGAAGUCAAGGAUGACCAUAUUAUUGGCGAGGUGGAGAAUGGUGGCAAUUUGGGAUCCCGAAAGGGCUGCAAUCUUCCCGGAACCGAUUGCGACUUGCCCGCCAUCUCGGCCAAGGAUCAAGAAGAUCUGAUGUUUGGUAUUGAGAAAGAUGUGGAUAUGAUCUUCGCCUCGUUCAUCCGUGAUGCCGCUGGCGUGCGGGAUAUCCGAAAGAUCUUGGGCGAGAAAGGAAAGAACAUCUUGAUCAUUCCCAAGAUUGAGAACCAACAGGGCGUCAAUAACAUUGAUGAGAUCAUUGCCGAGUCCGACGGUAUCAUGGUGGCUCGAGGCGACAUGGGCAUCGAGAUCCCCCCCGAGAAGGUGUUCAUCGCCCAGAAGCAAAUCAUUGCCAAGUGCAACAAGGCUGGAAAGCCGGUGAUCUGCGCCACCCAGAUGUUGGAGUCCAUGGUCAAGAAACCCCGACCCACAAGAGCUGAAGGCUCUGAUGUUGCCAACGCCGUCUUGGACGGAGCCGAUUGCGUCAUGUUGUCGGGUGAGACCGCAAAGGGCGAUUUCCCAUUGCAAUGCAUCCGAACCAUGGGUAACUUGUCCCGAGAAGCCGAAGCUUGUCUGUGGAAUGAGCGCUUCUUCAAUGACUUGGUCCGUUCCAAGACCUUGGAUCUGCACAACCAGGCGGCGGAUGCCACUCAAACCACUUCCAUGGUGGCUGUUCAGGCCUCCUAUGGCAUCAAGGCAUCGGCGAUCAUUGCCAUUACCACCACUGGGCGUACGGCCAAAGCCGCUUCUCAGUAUCGCCCUCAAUGUCCGAUUUUGGGCGUGACAAGACAGCGUCAAGCUGGUCGUCAGAUGCAAUUGCAUCGUGGAUGCAUCCCGUUGUACUACGCCGAGGAUAGGAUCGAUGACUGGACCAAGGACAUCGAUAACCGCAUCCAGUACGCCAUUGAUUUCGGAAAGAAGAACGGAUUCAUUAAGACCGGGGACAAUGUGAUUUGCAUUACGGGUUGGCGUAAGGGAGCUGGUUCAUCCAACACCGUGCGAAUCUUGAAUGUUCAGUAGAAACUCGAGAUCUCUUAAGAGGAGGAACGUUACUCGAGGUGUUUUAAAUCCGUGGAAUGCUUUAAAUAAAUUAUGUUUAGAACCUCAAUCUUUGUUCCAACUCUUAAAUCGCCCUGAAAGGGUGGUGAAAGAAGACAUAUUUUGAAAUAAAGAAAAAUUGUUCCUCCCA